AGAACAACCAGGAAUCCCGCCACUGUGGGCUACAUAUUAUUUAUUGGUUCUAUUAUAUCUCUUCUCACCCUGGUGGUGACAUUGUUCAUUUUCAGUUACUUCAAGUCUUUGCAGUGCCAAAGACUUCGUGUCCACAGAAACUUGGUGAUUGCUUUGGUUAUACAUUCUAUCUUACUGCUCUUAAUCUCGACACCAGUGGUUCUCAGAAAUAAAUCGCCAUCCUACAAGAAAAUUGACUGGCUUUGUAAAACGAUUCUCUCCCUAAAGAUGUACUCUGCUAUGGCCAGCAUCAACUGGAUGUUUGUAGAAGGCUUACUUUUACACAGCCGUAUCACAACUUCCGUUUUCCAAACGGAAGUUCCUUUCAAGGUGUAUUAUGUUAUUGGUUGGGGUAUUCCUACAGUUUUCAUUCUCAGUUGGAAUUUGGUGUUGUCACGUGACCUUAACACGCUGUGUUGGAAGGGUUAUGGUAAUUCGGUUUCUAUCUGGAUACUCACAGGACCAAUGAUGAUAGCGUUACUGAUCAAUACCUUUUUCUUAGUGAAUAUCAUUCGAAUUUUGGUAACAAAACUACGUGCCAGUGUCUCUGUUGAAACAGCCCAAGUUAGAAAAUCAAUAAAGGCAACAGCACUUCUGUUUCCUCUCUUGGGGAUCACUCACCUUUUGUUCUGUAUCAACCCCAGAGGCACACUAGAAAGGGCUUACAUGAUCACCAAUGCUACAAUGCAGUCCUUUCAGGUACAGACUACAUUACGCAAUGCGUAUUACCGCUCAGCUCUGAGGAGAAAUCCAGCUAAAACUUCCACAAGGUGUCGCGGUAUGUCGCAUACAGUAGAUAGCUCCAUCCAGUUUUCGCGUAACGAUCGUCCAGUAUCCGAAACGUCCCAGAUGGCGUCUUUCAAAAGGGUCGUUUUGCCGUUGCAAGACCUGCUGGGAAACGCUGUUGCGAAAGAAGAACGAAGGGAACAGUUCUAUCAUUUUUGA